AUGUCCUUUAUGGCCAAGCGCUACCUGACACCCGCCACGCUGCGUGCUGCGGCGGCGGCGGGCCUGGAGCUCGCGGCAAUCGACACGGCGCGGCCGCUGGAGGAGCAAGGCCCCUUUGACGCUAUCCUGCACAAGCUGGGGCCAGACAAGGGCUGGGAGGCCUCCCUGUGCGCGUACCUUGCGGCUCACCCGGCGACACGCGCGAUUGACCGGCCCGAGUGCAUCCGCACGCUGCAGGACCGCGGCACGAUGCUGCGGGCCCUGACAGAGGGCGGCGGCCUCGUAGUUUACAAGCAGCAACAGCAGCAGCAGCAGCAGCAGCAGCAGCAGCAGCAGGAACAGAAUCAGGAACAGCAGCAGCAGCAAGUGGAGCAGGCGGUGGAGGUGCACGGUGGCUCGCCUGACCACAAGCGGCGCCGGCAGGUGCAGCAGCAGCAGCCAAAGGAGGAGUGGCGAGAUGAGCAGCAGCAGCAACAGCAGCAACAGCACCAGCAGCAGCACAUUGAGGGCGAUCGCGCGGUUGUCCGUGCCCCGCGCCAGGUGACCAUCCCGGAGGGCGCCAGCGAGGCUGAGGCGCGCGCCGCGCUGGCAGCUGCGGGCCUCGCGCCCCCGUUGCUGUGCAAGCCUCUGUGGACGGACGGGCGUGAGGGCUCCCACGGCCUGGCGGUGCUGCACGACCUGUCAGAGCUGGGGGCGGUGCUGGGGGGCGCGGUGGCGUCAGAGCUGCGGCCCCCGCUGGUGGUGCAGCGGUUUGUGGAGCACGGCGGGGUGCUGUUCAAGGGGCAGCAGGAGGGCGCGCGCGAGGCGGGGGCCUCGGGGGGCGGCAGUGAGGCGCACAACGGCGUGCAGCCGGGGGCUGGCGAGGAGUCGGCCCACUGGACUGGCGGCGGCAGCAGCGGCGAUGAUGGAGGGGCGGCGCGCUACCUGGUGGUUGACGUCAACUACUGGCCAGGCGUGGACAAGCUGCCUGGCUUUGAGCAGCGGCUGGUCGACUUCCUGGCAGUUUCCUGUCGGGGAGACCCGCCGCUGCCCCCCAACAGCGGCCACUGGACGAGCUGCGACGCGGCCUGGGGCACGCCGAGCGCUUGCGCGGGCGGGGCGACGUCCCGCCAGGAGGGUAGUGAAGAGCUUGGCGGCCAGCACCUACGGGACCGGCACCGCGAGCCGGUGCUGCAGCGGGAGGACCCCCGGCUGCAGGAGCAGCAGCAGCAGCAGCAGUCAGCUUUGGCGCCUGCACCUCAUUUGUAA